AUGAAGCAGAUGAGAAACUGGCGGGACGACCGUAUGAAAUUACGAUCCAACAUUUGGCGAUUAAAGCUAGCUUUACGAGUCGCUGCAAGAGACACAGACGACACUUUGCACGCUGUCCGAUUGAUCGAACAUCAAAAAACAGAAAUCAAACGGCUAGAGACGGUGAAUAAAGAUUUGAAGAAAGAAAUCGCUGAUAUUAAGUCUGCUCUGCUAGAUGGAGACUACGUUACGCGGGAAACCGCUUGGAAAUCCGAUGACAAGGCCGUGGAAGUUAAACAGGAGUACUUAAUCGAGAGAGAACGUUUGAACAACGAGAUUCAAUAUCUGAAAAGUCGGUUGAAGGAGGUGGAAGGGGGUCACGAACACAAUUCGGAAGUGGAACACUUAAAAUGCAAACUGAAGCACUUCAUGAUGGUCGACUACACUAUGGAAAUUAUAUUCACCGAUAUAGUUAACAAAGUCGCCGAGACAAUAGCAAAUCUAUCCGAGGAACUAGUGAAUGUAAACGAUCGCUUGCACAAGUCGCAAAUGAAAAACGAUAAUUUGUACGUCGAGAUCGAUAAACUGAAAGCCGUGAUAAGAUACAGAAAUGGUAAUCUCACGGAUUAUCGGAAGAGAAUUGUUGAGCUGGAUAAUCUAACGAAAUGUUUGAAGACAGAAUUAAAUAGAUUCAAAGUUAAUGACGGUAAUAAUUCUUGGAACAUUGAUUCAAAUAGUCAUAAUAAUCUUAAUAAUAUCGAACGACUGGCAAAAGAUUUAAGAAACAAGCUAAAAAACGACCACGAGGUACUGCUUGCUGGUGGCGAUCCGGAUUACUUAAAAUAUAUACAGAAAAUCAUCGAAUUGAGCGUUAAUUUAAAGCAACUGCAUAUCGGAUUUGCAAAAUUUAGCAACCAACUUAAUCCAUUAUCUCUAGGCAAAGUAAUGAAAUCUAACGAGUAUUUGAAACAACUUGCAACAUUGGAUUCGACUUUAAAGGAAAUCGACAUCGAAAUUGAUAAGUUAAAGAAUAAUCAUAUAAAGAACCAUUAUAGAAUUGGCGGCAGCGACGGUCUAGAAUACUUAAUUAAAAUAGAAGAACUCGAGACGAUCAUCGAAAAGACACGGUCGACCAUGAAUGGAUUGAAUCGUCGUGCGGAAGGAAAUUCCAACAAAUCGAAAGACCUUGAAGAAUUAGAAAAUUUCGUCGGUAGAGUGUGUCACCAGAUUAAGCAGUUAGAAGUGAUCGUCGUAUCCAGCGAUCGUCUAAAUACAUUCAAGAGAAUCGAUCAGUUGAAGGGUUUGAUCGUUCGAUUAAAGUCGGAACUGAAUGAGAAAGACGCCCAUAUAAACGUUCUUGACCAGGAAUUGUUCGGUACUGAAAAUUUGUUGGAACAAAAAAGAAAAGAAUUGCAGCAUACACAGAAAAAGAUUGUCAUGCUAAUGGAAGAGAACAAAAUUUCGAAGUUGAGAAUAAAGAUGAUGGAGGAGAAAGCGUUGGAACUCCAGCGUGAUCAGGAGGAUUCGAGAAAGGAGCUGGUACAACUACAAAAGGUGGAACGCGAAGCGAGCUUAACAAGAAAAAAAUUACAAAAUCUUCAGAGCGAUAAGGAAAGAUUGUUAAAGGAAAUGGGAAAAAUUCGUGACGCCGUACAAAAGAAAAGCGAGGAAGCAAGGAGCGUUCUUAUCGAGAGAAACACGAUGGAGAAAGCAUUAAACGCCAAGAUCACGGACUUGACACGAAACAUUCAGAUUACUUUGAAGGAAAAUAAAAAAUUAAAAGAAAAUGAAAAUGCAAAGCGUUCGGAAGAAGCGAUAGAGAAAAUGAAUGCUGAAUUACAACAACUGAAGGUGGACUUAGCAAUUUCGAAUGAAAAUUUCGAUAAUGCGAAUCGCGAAAUUGCCGAUCUGAAAAUUAAAUUGUACCAUUUUUCCGAUGCUAAAACAAGACUGGAAACGAACAUUUUUCAUUUAGAGUCGAAAAAAGAGGUGCUCGUGUAUCAACUAGGCGCAGAAAAAGCUACCGCCGAUGAACGACUGAAAGAGUUCACCAACUUAAAAUCCGAUUACAACGAAUUAGACAUCAAAAGGGCGAAUCUCGAGAAAGAGAAAGAACAAUUAAACGUGAAUUUGACGAAUAUAAAGAUCGAAAAGGAGCUACUAGAAAAAUCCGUAAAUCACGUUCGCACCAAAUGUACCAUGCUUGAGGACAAGAUUGAUAAGUAUAAAUGUGAACGCAACAGUCUACUCGAAGAAAUCAGAAACUUUAGAACGAGCAAUGAACAUUUAAGUAACAAAUUGGAAGUUACGCAAACAGAAUCGAACAGGAUCGGGGACAAAAUAAAACAACUAGAAUUUGAAAACUCGAAACUGCACGAUGAUUUAAACGGACUGACUUUAAAGAAAAUUAACUUCGAAAACCGCGUGCAAACACUUCUGUUAGAAAAGAAUCAACUCGCAACACGCAUUAACGAACUAGACAAGAACAGUGUCACACUAAACGAUCUAUUGAACCAAGUUAAAACGGUGAAUGAACAAAAUUCUAUUGUCGAAUUAAACAAAUUAAAAGCGGAUUAUAGUAAAAUGAGAUCGGAAAACAUGUCUCUACAAACUACUCUCGAUGAGGUAAGACAAAACAAUGAAACGUUGAGGAAAGCAACCGAGGAACUGAACUUGAGACUGAAUGAAAUUCACAGCGAAUGCAAGAUAUUGGAGAACCAGCUACAAAUUUUAGAGGUGAUGAACGCCACAUUGAAAAAAGAAAAACAAUUGUUGGAACAGAAGUAUACGACCAGUUUACGAUCCAAAAUCUCCAAUAUAGAAAAAGAGGAAACAGUGGUGUAUAGCAAGUCGAUUUUUAGCCAACAAAAUGAACAAAUGCACGUGGAGCGUGCAACGAGAAAAGCUUUUAAUAGCAAAUCUGGUAAACGCUUGAAUGACAAAAUAAAAUUAAUGGAAGCAAAAGAAGAGCUAAAGAAAGUGAUUGUAGAAAACGAAUCGUUACGAUUCGAGGUAUUAAACUUGAGGAGUCAGAACUUUGAAGUUAAAAUGCAAUUGGCUUGCACGAAGGAUGAGCUUCGAAAGCAGAAGACUGAAUUAGUAGAGAACGAAACGAAUGAAAUCGUGUUUAAACCUACCUCGAACAAGCUAGAAAUCGUGAAUUUUUAUUAUAAAGAGAUCAAUAGUUACUUGAGUCAUGAUAUGAAUAAUGUAAAAGCAGUAACACGUAUCGGUCAGUCAAGUAUAUGCCCUUAUGACAGGUCGACAACGGAACAAGCCGGAACGCAAAUCGAGAAAUUAAUGGAAAUUGCGAACAAACUAAAAGUGCAGAACAUUGCCCUAAAAAUGGAGAUAAAUUCUCUAAGAUGCAGCUUGGUUGUUAACUUCACGAAAGACGAAAAAAGGAAGGAAGAGCUGCGAAUCGCGACUGAAGAAAUUCAAGCAUUGAAAACGGAAUUGACGACACUGAGAGACGAAAAAGAGUCUUUACGGGUUCGGUUGGAUACAGCAAAUUCGAAAUUGGAUCGGUUAGAAUCUGAGAAAACUGCUUUGAAAAAUGAGCUAUGUGCCAUAAGGAAAAUCAAUUCCGGUCUCAAACACAAAACAAGCGAAUUACACUGCGCUUAUCAAAAGUUGAAGGAGAAGAGUGUAGAAUUUGAAAGCUGUAUGAUGAGAGCGAUUAAUAAAAUAAAGAGAUAUACGAUGAGUGCGGAUAAUCUGGACAAUCCAAAUGAUUUGAAGGAUCUUUUAAAAAAGUACAUUUCGAGCGAAGAAAUUUUAUAUUCAAUCGAACAGAAAAUAAACAUAGAAGAUACAUACAAAAAUUUUGAAAUGAUGUAA